GCAACAAGUGUUGAUGCUGUAAAACGUUUGCACUGUUCAUCCAGUUUGGAAGAUUUACAUUCAGUUGAUCUUGUUGUCGAGGCUAUUGUGGAAUCUGAACAAGUGAAGAAAUCUUUAUUUGCUGACUUGGAUAAGAUUGUAAAGAGCUCUGCUAUUUUGGCUUCUAAUACAAGCUCUAUUUCCAUUACUCGUCUAGCAUCUGCAACGAGCCGACCCUCCCAGGUGAUCGGCAUGCACUUCAUGAAUCCUCCACCCAUUAUGAAGCUGGUUGAAAUUAUUCGGGGUGCAGAUACAUCAGAAGACACAUAUUGUGCGACUAAAUGCCUGGCGGAGAGGUUUGGUAAGACGGUUAUCUGUUCUCAGGAUUAUUCUGGCUUCAUAGUAAACCGAAUUCUGAUGCCUAUGAUCAAUGAAGCGUUUCAUACACUGUACACCGGAGUUGCAACAAAAGAAGAUAUCGAUACGGGAAUGAAACUGGGAACCAACCAUCCUAUGGGUCCUUUGGAACUUGCAGAUUUCAUUGGACUGGAUGUUUGUUUGUCAAUCAUGAAAGUUCUUCAGGCCGGUCUAAGGGACGAUAAAUAUGCCCCAUGCCCUCUCCUUGUACAGUAUGUUGAUGCUGGUAGGCUUGGUAAAAAGCGAGGCAUCGGCGUAUAUGAUUACCGUGAUGCUGCCGCGAAAACCGGAGGACCGCCUCGACUCUGAACUCCUUGCACUUGUGAAACAACUACAACCUGUUGCAUGCAACAGGCGCCCUCUUGCAAUACCCUCUUAUAAUCCUCAGGUAUCAAUAAAUGAGAGAGAGAAAAAACUGAUAGGGAUGUAUACAAUGACUCUACCAAUGUGAUUCCUUACUUAUGUAAUUGUUCUCAUCUUAUUGCAUAGCUUUUCUUGUGGCCA